AGCGGCAAUGCUAUGAUGAAGAGGUUUGUGACCAUAGUGUUACGUGGCCUUGUUAGCCUCUCAAAGGAGAACCCCAUUUGGGCAAAGGAGCACCACCGGCCACCAAAGAAGGAGAUCAGGAGGAAACGGAGGGCGGUCAAGAGAGCCAAGAGCAUGGGCAGACGCAACUUAAUGAUAUUGACGGUAUACCUCAGCGAUGGGGAACAGGCUGUGACUGAGGUGCCCAUCACACCUGAGACAACGUGCCGAGACGUCGUUGAGUUCUGCAAGGAGCCCGGCGAGACCGGCUGCCACCUGGCUGAGGUCUGGAGAGGCAAUGAGCGAGCGAUCCCCUUCGAGCACAUGAUGUACGAACACCUGCAGAAGUGGGGGCCUCGGAAACAAGAGGUCAAGUUCUUCCUCCGGCACGAAGAUUCACCAACUGAAAGCAGCGAUCAAGGGAGUCAGCAGUCUCAGGAUCAGACGAGUCGCAGAAGUGGAAACGCUGGAGAGAAGCACAAUGAGAACAGGGGUGUGGGGAAUCAGCGUGUGGAGCUCACGCUGUCAGAGCUGCAGGAGAUGGCCACACGGCAGCAGCAGCAAAUCGAGGCUCAGCAGCAGAUGCUUGUCGCAAAGGAGCAACGUUUGCGUUACUUGAAGCAGCAGGAGCGGCGUCAGCAGCAAACUGUCUCAGAGAGCGAGAAGCUACAGAGGCUAAAGGAACGCGUGGAGAGCCAGGAGGCGAAACUCAAGAAGAUUCGGGCCAUGAGAGGCCAAGUGGACUACAGCAAGGUCAUCAACGGCAACCUGUCUGUAGAAAUUGAGCAAGUUAGCAGCCUGUUCCAGGAGAAGCAGGCGGAGUUGCAGGCAGCUGUACUGAGAGUGGAGCAGCUCAGCUUGCAGCUGGAGGACCUGCGGAGGGGAAAGCUCAACGGCAUACAGACGGCUUUGGGUGGCCAAGUAACCGGUGCUGCAGCCUUAGAGCUGCGUAAACUCUACCAGGAGCUUCAGAUUCGGAACAAGUUGAACCAAGAACAAAACAGCAAGCUGCAGCAGCAGAAGGAGCUUCUGAACAAGCGCAACAUGGAGGUGACGCUCAUGGAUAAGCGCAUCAGUGAGCUGCGGGAACGCCUCUACAAGAAAAAAGCUGAGGCACGUCAAAAAGAGAACCUCCCUCUGAACAGAGCCAACGGGCCUCCCUCUCCCCAGCCAGCUGCUGGGACUCUGGGUCGUGUUGCUGCUGUUGGACCGUACAUCCAAGUCCCUGUACCAGGCCGACAGGAAGGAGGCUACACCAUACCACCUGAACCCCUGAAGCCUCAGACUCUGGGUGUCAGUAAUCAAGCCACCCAUGGCCGCACCAAGUCAGACGGUGUGCGAAAGCCUCCCGGCCCUUGGAAGGUGUCUGAUUUAGACAUCGUUGUGGACCCGGUACCCCCGUCCCUUCCAGAAUCACACCCGGGCCCUGGAGCCUCCACUGGCUCUGACGGCACGUCCCCUAAUGAGGCUGGUUGGCCUACCGUUGGCAAGACCAGCACAACUCUAAAGCCUCCUGAGAGAAGAGACUCAGGGACUGAUACCCAGGGCAAGAGCCCUCCCUCAGGCUCCCCCGUCGCUCCAAGUGCAGAAAAGGUGCUAGAUUCCAAAAUGGCUGUCUCUUCCCCUGCCAUAUCCAAGCCACAGCCGCCUCCCUACGGCUCCCACCUCACCUCCGCAAACUCAGCCACCUCCUUGGAGCGCCGCAAGGACGCACCUCCUCCCCCUCGCCCACUCCCAAACCCACCAGCUCCCGCUUGGCCCCGCGUCCCCCCCUCCACAGGGUCCUCCUCCCAGCAGAUCCAGCAGCGUAUCUCAGUGCCACCAAGCCCCACCUUCCAGCCCACUCUGCCGCCGUUCCCCCCAGGGCUGAGCGAGCGCCUCGAUCCGCCGCCGGCUGUGGCGGUACGCCCCUUCAUCCCCGACAGAGGAUCGCGGCCGCAGUCGCCCCGUAAAGGCCCCCCCACAAUGAACUCCAGCUCCAUCUAUCACAUGUACCUCCAGCAGGCAGCGCCAAAGAGCCAGCCACUCAAGCCUGCUCUCAAAGCAGUAUAUGGGAAGCCAGUUCUCCCCUCCAGCUCGACACCCCCCUCGCCCCUGCCUUUUGUCCAGACAGGAGGGGCCUUCCCAUUGCUCCAAGGCCAGCCGAGCGGUGACGACACUCUGGACGGAGAAUUUGAUGAUCACGAGGGCUUCCAGCACCUGGAGCCCUUGGCGCCUCCUCCCAGCGUGGAGAACAUCCCACGACCGCUCAGCCCCACUAAGCUAACACCCAUGGUACACUCCCCGCUGCGUUACCAAAGCGACGCCGACCUCGAGGUGCUCCGCAAAAAGUUGGCCAACGCCCCGAGACCCCUGAAGAAGCGCAGCUCCAUCACAGAACCAGAGGGCCCCAGCGGCCCCAACAUCCAGAAACUGCUCUACCAGAGAUUCAACACUCUAGCAGGAGGCAUAGAGGGUAAUGGGGGCAGUGGAUCAGGAUUGGUAAUGGCUGCAGGCAAUGGAACACCAUUUUAUCAGCCAGCUAAUCCUCCUGGAUAUCUGGGAGGUGACUCUGUGGCUGAUACCGACAAUGGUAACCUGCCCUCUGAGACGCCGCUACCGCCGCCACCAGGGGCAGAGGAGCUGGGCUCUGAGGCUCCACCGCCAUCUACUGACGCUAAUGACAACGAGCCGCUGCCCCCGCCACCAGAGGGAGAUCCCGGUGAAGCAGAGGGACCGGAGGAUGACGACAACAACAACAACGUGGGGAGCUCUGAGGCGUCACUGCCCAGUCCUGUCCCAGAGGUCACCACUCCAGAGGAGAGCGGCACGGUGGUCUCACAGCCACUGGAGAAACGCACAAACCUGAAGAAGCCAAACUCUGAGCGCACUGGUCACGGCUUCAGAGUCAAGUUCAACCCUCUGGCCCUGCUGCUGGAUGCCUCAUUGGAGGGAGAGUUUGACCUCGUUCAGAGGAUCAUCUAUGAGGUGGAGAAUCCAAGCACUCCCAACGAUGAGGGCAUCACACCCUUGCACAAUGCAGUGUGCGCGGGACAUCACCACAUAGUCAAGUUCCUGCUGGAUUUCGGUGUGAACGUCAACGCUGCAGACAGUGACGGAUGGACUCCGCUUCACUGUGCCGCCUCCUGUAACAGUGUUCAUCUCUGCAAGUUGUUGGUUGAGUCGGGAGCGGCCAUCUUUGCCAGCACCAUUAGUGAUGUGGAGACUGCUGCAGAUAAGUGUGAAGAAAUGGAGGAGGGCUACAUCCAGUGCUCCCAGUUUCUAUAUGGUGUCCAGGAGAAAUUGGGCGUAAUGAACAAGGGGACGGUGUACGCCCUGUGGGAUUACGUAGCUCAGAACCAGGACGAGUUGUCGUUCAGCGAGGGGGACGCCAUCACCAUUCUGCGGCGACAGGAUGACAGUGAGACAGAGUGGUGGUGGGCGCGACUUGAAGACAACGAGGGCUACGUGCCCCGCAACCUGUUGGGGCUCUAUCCUAGGAUCAAACCUCGUCAGCGCUCCCUGGCGUAGUGUCUCACUCCGCUGACCUCUGGCUAACAGCUGGACUAGUGACAAAAGAGCAGAGAACAAAGGAGCCUGGCGCUCCGUCUUCUUCCCGUGGCCAUAACCCCUCCCCCCUCUGCCUUUUGCUUCUUACAAAAUCCUUUUUCUCUGAAGCAGUGGGCACUAAACUCUUGACACACAUAUUUAACAUCUGCACACGCGCACACACACACACACACACACACACACAGUGAAACACAAGCACUCCAAAUGCGAAAAUCUCUGAAACCACUCCAUCCUGACCCCCCUCCCCUCUCACCCCCUCUACACCUUUCAACCAACCUAUCGCUCUGUCAUCAUCCCAACUUGAUUUUUCCCCGAUUCAGUGUCAGCUCUGUAUCAGACAUCAACUUGAAGAAUAAAACACUAACCCUCGUCUCAGUAUUUCUUACAGUAUUCACACUCCUUCAGCCAUCUCCAUCUCCCUCAUGACGUCUGUGGUGGCACUGGUUUAUGUGACACUAACCAUAUGGUGGCUUGAAAUUCAUCUUUAAGGAUGAGAAGUUGCUGAUUUUUGUCAGUAAAAUGUAAACUGAGCUGUCGGACAUUAAGUGUAAUUUUAAUACCAAUUUGAUCCCCUUGCACAAAGAAACACUAACACAGAUAAAUGUGCUCAGUGUUUGAUUUUACUGUAGUCUAACCACCAAAGAUAAAUAUAGAUUUAGCAGUUUUAGUUCAGUUACUCCCUGAGACCUUGCAGAAUUGUUGAGGUGUGAGAUAAUCAAUUGAUUUGCUGCUAUCAGUAAUGAUUAACAGCUUCCAGGAGUUGAAUUACAGUCUCAUGGAGCAGGAAAUUGAUUUUGUACAGGAUACUACAAAAUGUUAAGUACACAGUCCAGUGAAAACAAAUGCAGUGAAUUAAAGCAAAGACAAACAUAGAUAGACAGCUCACAGAUUGUCACUAGCCACAUUUCAUGAACAUCUUUGCAAGACAUGUUUGUUUACUCUGUGUCAUCUGUUCAGAAUCUGGAAUCAGGACUACUGUGGAGGUGUGGCAAGAACAUUAAUAAAUUAUGAGGUUUCAGAUAAUAAUCCGUUUUUUCUGUCAUAUGAGAUUUCAAGAUGUACCUAACUGUUUGAAUGAGCAGUCCAAAUAUUUAUGUAUAUAUUUUUGGUAACUUAUUAUUCUUGAAAUUAGCAGGUCAUAUGCAGGACUUCAGAUAUUGUCAUGGAGAUGCAAAAAAAAAAAACAAACAAAAAAGGGUUGCCAAAUACACUAAGUACUUGUGUCAGUACAAAGGAUACAAAGCUAAAAUAUCUCUAACUUUGGGUAUUUCAGGAAUUAUUAUUUGGGAAAUCAUUUUACAGAUUGAGUUUUAUCACAAUUUGAGUUAUAGUUUUAAAUUUUUCUGUACUGAGGCAGGCAGUUGAGUCAGUUCCAGAGAGACAGAAAGACGUUAGCUUUUGAUGGUAUCGUCAGGUCAGUUUUACUGUUUUCCUGAAUAUUAAUCAAGUCAUUCACAGUAUGUAUCAUUUUUUUUGAUAAGUCAAGGCAUUAAUGUUAAAUCCAAUCUCACUUCAAUAAUCCAUUGUUUGUGUCACAUGAUAAGAUUUUUGCCUUUCUUGUCAUUAAACUUGACAACAUGGAAAAAGAAGUAUCUCUGAAAACUUGGAAGCAUUUCAUGAGAUGCAGACAUUGCACCUCAGAAAACACUGGAAUCAUCAGCCAGACCAUUUUACAAACUUUGUUUACCCCACUAGACAAAGUUAGUUUUAACACUCAAUUUUAAAAACCUUUAUUUUUUUCUCUUAGCUGCUAAGUAACUCUGGUCAUCUAAUGCUGCAGUUAUCUUUCUGUGGCUGUGACAAACCCCACUUGAAACACUUAAUCUCAGGACCAACAUGGUGCUGCUGACACUGUUUCACCACUGAACUAGUGAUCACAUUUCUAUUUUUAUUCUCAACAUACAUCACCUUCAUUUGAGCAGCGAACCAAACAAAAACAAAGUCUAAAAUUUGAAAAAAACAAAACAACACAUAAAAAACAGAUCAGUUAUGGGCAUAAAUUAUUAAUAGAUAAAGAGACAGUUACUGUGUCUAAAUGUUUAGAAUCAGAUUUCAAAUUAGCUUCAGACAAUCCCGAAUUUGCCCCGUUCUCUUCCUCCAGCUGCCCCCAUUUCAGGUAUACGCGCUUCCAGUAACACUGAUACACGUGUUAUCUGUCACAUUAUUAAACAUCUAGAGUCCAUCAACUUGUUCUGAACCUUGAGUGACUGUGUGUUAUGCCAAGUGUGCUAGUGGCCCAGGCUUUAUCAUGGCUUACACCUGUACAUAGUGUGAGGAGAUGUGUUAUAUGUCUGUUUGCUGUAUGGAGUGGGCUUUCUGUAUAAACGCUGUACUCACACAUUCAAUUCUGUAAAUGUGAACAAUAAAACAGAAGCUCUGGCAUGA